UUCAGUUACAUCGGAAAAAUGAAAAAUAAAAAAGUAAAAACUCAAAACAAUUAAAAACGAUUCAGUUAAAAACCAACUGCCACAUAAUAGAAGAACUUGCGGACCUCGUGGAAUGCCGAGCUGUUUUGAAAAUGACAAAAACAACACAUUUACAUAGCAUUACAUUUGUGAAACACGAACCCGCGCACUGUCAAGGCGACAGACUGUGAAAUCAUACGGUUGUUUUCAGCAUGAGAGAAGAAAAAAGCGUUUCAAAGUUAACUUCAAAACGCACAAAUCCGUAUUCGUCUUCACGGCAAAAAAAAAUGUAUAAAAAUUCAACAAUAUGUUGAAAAAAAUUCCGAAAAGUUACUGCAAUGCAAUUCGAAAUGCAAAUGAAAGUGUAAAAACAUUUAACUCAAUUAUUUGUAAACAUGAAAAUAUCUACAUACAUCUGUAUGUAUGUAAGUAAAGUCACAAAGUAAUUAUCAUAAAUUAAGUAAAUAUAGAAAAAUUACUAGCUAAUUGACUAAAAAAAUGUUUCGGUUUGUCAAAUGUUCGUAAUAAACACUAUUUCAAGUGUACGUAAGUGCGAAAGAUGUGGCAUAGCAAACAAAAAAAAAUUAAUUAACAGAAAUUUAGCAUAAAUGUAAAAUGCACAACAAGUAUUUAUAGCACACAAAAAUUAGGCGAAAUUUUGCAGAGUAAGUUUUGUACUCCAACUGAGCUUUCAAGUAUCUCUAAACGGCUGAAAAUACGUGGCUAUGUAAAUAUACAAAAAUAUCAACUUCAAAUCUUCGGUAACAAAAUCUACAAUAAUCGCAACAAGGUUUAUUUCCAAUAAUUACAAUAAUAUAAACAUCAGAACCCAAAAACAAAACUGCCAACAAGAAUAAAUAUAGAAUUUAUUUCCUUUGAACAUUAGUGUUCACGUUACACAUUCGUUAGCAAAACAAAACAUAAGGAAAUGGAAUAACACAAAAUUAAAAAGAAAAUAAUAUGAAGUAGCAGAAAUUGAAGAUAAGAACAACAUAUUAAAACACAACUCAAAAAGCCGAAAUUCUCCGCCUCAACUUUAAGGAGAUUGUGAGAUAAGUGAAAACCAAACCAACUAAAUUUGAAAACACCAUAAAAUCAUCGGUAAUCGUCGCCAACAAUUGCAAAUACAAAUGCCUAAAUCUACGCUUGCAAUAACCAAAACAACAAAAACUAAAGACACAGAAAGCGAAAAAUCAGCGGAAAAUAUUUCAAAAAAAAUAACAAAAAAUAAAAAUACGAAAACAAUAACAGCAAACAAGUUAGUUAACAAACGCUUUUUAACCGCCACCGCCGCCAUUGACGACUCAGUUGCAACACAACAACAAGUGUACUACAUUGAACGCACACUUGCAACAUUGCCACAUACACGUGGCAAGCAGAGUCGCAGCCGAAGUAAACGAAAGGGGAGCGUUAGGAUAAACGAAAGCUUUGACAACAACAGCAACAACAAAAACCGCAAUCACCACAAAAGCAGCAAUAGACACAUUUGCUGUCGCAGAUAACAAUCCGGGGCAAGCACACACACACAUCGUCAGAGCCCGUCCGCCGAAGGGUACAUAAUAGAACGACGAGCCGAAGGUCGAGGGCGAAGUUUAAAUUAAAGUUGCCUUCAGCACAAUCUUACUUUUUUUUUUUUUUGAUUUUUGGGACGCAAUUAAAACGCUGCUGCAAUUACGACUGCCAACAAACUGCAACAACUACAAUGAAGGCAACAACUCUGCUUACACUAAGCUAGUUACGAUAUCAAUGACACCAACAACAACAUUAAGUGCAGUAACAAGAAUAAUAACAACAGCAACAUCGCUAAUACCGUUUACAACGCAAACAACUUCCGCAUUGUUGUCCGUGGUCAGCUAGAGCUCGACGCAAUUCACAAAACUCCGCCUCAAACUGCCUGUCAUCAUCACCCUCCGCCACCACUCUACUGAAGACCUCAACCAAUUUGAGUCUUCCACGUGCCUCAUCGGGCACAAAAGACGCAGUGGCAUCAACAUUCAGUUGUAAAGGCGCAGUAGCAGUAGCAAUAGAAGAAGAAGAAGGUGAAGAAGAAGCAAUCACGCAACAGCAGCAGCAGCAGCAGCAAGCAGCACAAGGAGCACCCAGGCAGCCACAAAGCGCAGAGGGAAAUGAGAUGAAGUGGUUUCAAGUGGCGUUGGAUAUGUUCCUUGUGCUUUCAUUUAUAACAAGCAGCACAUCGAAUCCCGAUGCUAAGCGCCUCUACGACGAUCUCCUCAGUAACUAUAACAAAUUGGUACGUCCCGUUGUCAAUGUGACUGACGCUGUAACUGUACGCAUCAAAUUGAAGCUAUCACAAUUGAUUGAUGUCAAUUUGAAAAAUCAAAUCAUGACAACCAAUUUGUGGGUGGAACAAACCUGGUAUGAUUACAAACUCCAAUGGGAGCCGAAAGAGUAUGGCGGUGUUGAAAUGUUGCAUGUACCCUCGGAUCAUAUAUGGCGGCCGGAUAUUGUGUUAUAUAAUAAUGCCGAUGGCAAUUUCGAAGUGACGCUGGCCACAAAAGCGACUCUCAACUACACGGGGCGCGUCGAGUGGCGGCCACCGGCGAUUUAUAAGAGCUCCUGCGAAAUCGAUGUCGAGUACUUCCCAUUCGACGAACAGACGUGUGUGAUGAAAUUCGGCAGUUGGACAUAUGAUGGAUUUCAGGUGGAUCUUCGGCAUAUCGACGAACUGAACGGCACAAAUGUUGUUGAAGUAGGUGUGGAUUUAUCAGAAUUUUACACAUCAGUCGAAUGGGACAUAUUGGAAGUUCCUGCAGUGCGCAAUGAAAAAUUCUACACAUGCUGCGAUGAACCUUAUCUGGAUAUAACAUUUAAUAUCACAAUGCGCCGUAAGACGCUCUUCUAUACCGUUAAUCUCAUUAUACCCUGUAUGGGUAUUAGUUUUUUAACAAUAUUAGUUUUUUAUCUGCCAUCGGACAGUGGCGAAAAGGUCUCAUUAAGCAUAUCCAUUUUACUCUCACUGACUGUGUUCUUUUUGUUGUUGGCCGAAAUUAUUCCACCAACAUCGUUAGUUGUGCCACUUUUAGGGAAAUUUGUGCUCUUCACAAUGAUACUGGACACGUUCAGUAUAUGUGUGACGGUGGUAGUGCUCAAUAUACAUUUCCGCUCGCCACAGACGCACACCAUGGCGCCCUGGGUGCGAACGGUGUUCAUCAAUCAACUGCCUCGCUUUCUGGUCAUGCGACGACCACUGUAUCCCAUUAGUGAGAUGAUUAAAUCAUCUCGCCGCCUGAUGGUUCGCACCUGCAAUGGAUUUGAGUUGGGCGACCAAAUACCACCAGUACCACCGCCAGCGGCUUUGUCAAGAAUGCACCAUAGCCCGAAGACAACGUCGCGUAGUACCUCGCCACAUCUGCAGCAUCGCGUGCAGAGCCUCAAUCUGCUGGACGACACGACGAUCGGUGGACUGGGUAUGACUUCCACGGGUACUGCCUCCGCCGGCCAGUUUUCCACACUAUACCCCUCCACUAUUUCCACUGUGAAUCAACAAACAUCGACCACAUCAUCGCUUGUGGAUGCCCAACAUCAUAGUCAAUAUCAACAAACCGGCGGUUCACUACUCGAUCAUCCGUUAACGCCAACGAAAUUUCGGCAGCAAAAAACUUCCACAUCUGUACAAACGAACGGCUUCGACGGACCAUCCACCUCACAAUUCGGACGACUAUACCAGCAACACCAACAACAACUGCCCAGUGGCGCCAUAUCGGCGUCUACUUCGACGCUGCAUCACGUACACACGCAUUCCGUGGGUGUGGGCGCGGGUAUAGGCAUCGGAGUAGGUUAUGGUGCGGCCAGCACCUCUACGCAUCACCUCUAUCGCCAACAGUCCGCCUCAUCUGCACAAUUUUCGCCCGUCCCUGCACCAUUACAUCCCCACCAGCAACAUCAGUCGACAACGACAUGCGAUCUGCUGGGACACAGUAAUGCGAAUGUGAUAAAGUCAACGACCACAGUGAACUCAGUGGCGACCGCUUCAACACUCGCGGACUCCUGUUGCAGCGGCAUACAAAUACAUCAAGGCGCGGGCGCAGGUGCGGCGUGCCAAUCGUCAGAACAGCUACCGCAUCAAUAUACCGCCGCUGCUGCUGGUGUCAGUGGACAGGGCGGAGUAGGUGGCGCCCUGCCGCGUGAAAUACUGCCAGCGUGUCAACGUGAAGAUGGCGCGCAUUGUUGUCUGGCGGCCGAAAGUGAGGGUUGCCCAAUCGGCAACGAAUUGCGGCAACGUUGGCCAGCCUGUCCUGAACUGCUCAAAGCCAUGGAGGGUGUGAGCUAUAUAGCGGAACAAACGCGCAAGGAGGAGGAAAGCACAAGGGUCAAAGAGGAUUGGAAAUACGUGGCCAUGGUAUUGGAUCGUCUAUUCUUAUGGUUAUUCACAAUAGCCGUUGUCGUUGGUACGGCCGGCAUAAUACUGCAAGCGCCGACGUUGUACGAUACGCGCGUACCAAUCGAUAUUAAAUUAUCGGAAAUAGCAACGACAACAGCGAAACCGAGCAUUGCCAAACCUGUGUUAUAAAAACAAAUUGCAAAAAAAAAAUACAAAAACAAAAACA